CAGUCAAUUUCCGAAUUUUUUAGUUUAAAAAGCAGAAAUAUGCUUUACAACGGAAUAAAACACCCAAAGUCCAAUGAAAGUAGCGUACAGAUCCUUCAUUUUACUAGAGAAGAGGGUUACAUGGAACCAUCAUGUUCAUUUCUGGAAAUAAAACCAUAUUUCUGAUAUAAAUGUUUUUUGAAAAUGGGUCAAAUUGGGCCAAAAGACUACAAGAGGUUUAAAUCAUCAGUGAAAAAUGAAGGAUGUGUCAGAACUUGUCCAAUAACUUAGAUCCAUGAUGCAUUAUAUUUAAACCACAGCCAUCUUCCAACUACUGAGACCGACUUGGUUUGUGUGUGUCUGAAGGAAAGAUCAGCUGACUCACUGUUUUCUACAGCAUCUGGGACAUGUUGGAGAGGAAUGAGAGACUAAUGUGUCCUGGGAUGAAAAGGUUGUCAUAGUAACAGAGGUGAUGUCUCCCAGCAGGUGUGGACUCUGCUAUGAGUCAGUGUGAGGACAGAGAGGAGGGAGCCCCUCCCUCUAAAAAACCCUGUCUGUGGGGGGACCAUGACAGCCAGACCAAAGCUCAGAGGAUGCAGCAGCAGAAACCUGGACCUGGACCCAGCUGUGUGUCCAUGAAGAGUGACUGGUCUGUGGGUUGUCUUAUUGACUUUAAAGGUGGACAAGGUGCUGCUGGUGGAAGGAUGCAGCAGCAGAAACCUGGACCUGGACCCAGCUGUGUGUCCAUGAAGAGUGACUGGUCUAUAGGUCGUCUUAUUGACUUUAAAGAUGAACAAGCUGUUGAUGAAAGAGUUCACCAGGAGAGCUCAGAGGGCCUCAGUGGUCAGUCUGACCUGCAGCAGCAAACAGACCUGGACUCCAUAUUUAUGCUGCUGGAGAAGAACAUCGUCACUUUUGUAAAGAACGAGCUGAAGAAGAUUCAGAAGGCUCUGACUCCAGAUUACCCAGAAUGCUUAGAGAGUCAGAGGGAGGAUGAGGAGGUUUUGGAGGGUGAGGAUAAAAAGCAGAGGAGGAGCAGCAGAGAAGCAUUUCUGAAGAUCACACUGCACUUCCUGAGGAGAAUGAAGCAGGAGGAGCUGGCUGACCGUCUGCAGAUUAGUUGUUCAGAAACCCGUGUUGCAGGAUGCCGCCCCAAACUCAUGUCCAACCUGGAGAAGAAGUUCCAGUGUGUGUUUGAGGGGAUUGCUAAAGCAGGAAACCCAACCCUUCUGUAUCAGAUGUUCACAGAGAUCUACAUCAUGGAGGGAGGGGCUGCAGGGGUCAAUGAAGAACAUGAGGUCAGACAGAUUGAAACAGCAUCCAGGAAACCAGACAGACCAGAAACAAUAAUCAGAUGUGAAGACAUCUUUAAAGCCCCACCUGGAAGAGAUGAACCAAUCAGAACCGUGAUGACAAAGGGAGUGGCUGGCAUCGGGAAAACAGUCUUAACACAGAAGUUCACUCUGGACUGGGCUGAAGGCAAAGCCAACCAGGACAUCCAGUUCAUAUUCCCAUUCACCUUCAGAGAGCUGAAUGUGCUGAAAGAGAGAAAGUUCAGCUUGGUGGAACUUGUUGAUUACUUCUUUAGUGAAACCAAAGAAGCUGGAAUCUGCAGGUUUGAAGAGGUCCAGGUGGUCUUCAUCUUUGACGGUCUGGAUGAGUGUCGACUUCCUCUGGACUUCCACAACACUGAGAUCCUGACUGAUGUUACAGAGUCCACCUCAGUGGGUGUGCUGCUGACAAACCUCAUCAGGGGGAAUCUGCUUCCCUCUGCUCGCCUCUGGAUAACCACACGACCUGCAGCAGCCAAUCAGAUCCCUCCUGCAUGUGUUGACAUGGUGACAGAGGUCAGAGGAUUCACUGACCCACAGAAGGAGGAUUAUUUCAGUAAGAGAUACAGAGACAAGAAGCAGGCCAGCAGAAUCAUCUCCCACAUUAAGACAUCACGAAGCCUCCACAUCAUGUGCCACAUCCCAGUCUUCUGCUGGAUCACUGCUACAGUUCUGGAGAAGAUGUUGAAGACCAGAGGGGGAGGACAGCUGCCCAAGACCCUGACUGACAUGAACAUCCACUUCCUGGUGGUUCAGUCCAAACUGAAUGUUAAAUAUCAUGAGAAAUCUGAGAUGGAUCAUCACUGGAGUCCAGAGACCCGGAAGAUGAUCGAGUCUCUGGGAAAACUGGCUUUUGAGCAGCUGCAGAAAGGCAACCUGAUCUUCUAUGAAUCAGACCUGACAGAGUGUGGCAUCGAUAUCAGAGCAGCAUCAGUGUACUCAGGAGUGUUCACACAGAUCUUUAAAGAGGAGAGUGGACUGUACCAGGACAAGGUGUUCUGCUUCGUCCAUCUGAGUGUUCAGGAGUUCCUGGCUGCUCUUCAUGUCCAUCUGACCUUCACCAACUCUGGAGUCAACCUGCUGGCAGAAGAACAAACAACUUCCCGGCUGCCAAAAGUCAAACCUAAAUUAAACCAUCUCCAUCAGAGUGCUGUGGACAAAGCUUUACAGAAUCCAAAUGGACACCUGGACUUGUUCCUCCGCUUCCUCCUGGGUCUGUCAGUGCAGACCAAUCAGACUCUCCUACAAGGUCUGAUGACACAGCCAGGCAGUAGCUUACAGACCAAUCAGGAAACAGUUAAGUACAUCAAGAAGAAGAUCAGUGAGAAUCUGUCUGCAGAGAGAAGCAUCAAUCUGUUCCACUGUCUGAAUGAGCUGAAUGAUGGUUCUCUAGUGGAGGAGAUCCAACAGUCCCUGAGAUCAGGAAGUCUCUCCACAGAUAAACUGUCUCCUGCUCAGUGGUCAGCUCUGGUCUUCAUCUUACUGUCAUCAGAAGAAGAUCUGGACGUGUUUGACCUGAAUAAAUACUCUGCUUCAGAGGAGGCUCUUCUGAGGCUGCUGCCAGUGGUCAAAGCCUCCAACAAAGCUCUGCUGAGUGGGUGUAACCUGUCAAAGAGAAGCUGUGAAGCUCUGUCCUCAGUUCUCAGCUCCCAGUCCUCUAGUCUGAGAGAGCUGGACCUGAGUAACAACAACCUGCAGGAUUCAGGUAUGAAGCAACUGUCCUCUGGAUUGAAGAGUCCACACUGCAGACUGGAAACUCUCAGGUUGAGUGGCUGUGACCUGUCAGAGAGAAGCUGUGAAGCUCUGUCCUCAGUUCUCAGCUCCCAGUCCUCUAGUCUGAGAGAGCUGGACCUGAGUAACAACAACCUGCAGGAUUCAGGAGUGGAGCUGGUGUCUCCUGGACUGAAGAGUCCACACUGCAGACUGGAAACUCUCAGGUUGAGUGGCUGUGACCUGUCAGAGAGAAGCUGUGAAGCUCUGUCCUCAGUUCUCAGCUCCCAGUCCUCUAGUCUGAGAGAGCUGGACCUGAGUAACAACGACCUGCAGGAUUCAGGAGUGGAGCUGAUGUCUCCUGAACUGAAGAGUCCACACUGCAGACUGGAAACUCUCAGUCUCUCAGGCUGUAUGAUCUCAGAGGAAGGCUGUUCUUCUCUGGUCUCAGCUCUGAGCUCCAACCCCUCCCAUCUGAGAGUGCUGGACCUGAGCUACAAUCAUCCAGGAGACUCAGGAGUGAAGCGGCUUUCUGCUUUACUGGAGGAUCCAAACUGCAGACUGGACACUCUCAGGGUGGACCAUGGUGGACCACAGAGACUGAGACCUGGUCUGAGGAAGUAUGUCUGUGAACUGGAACUGGACACAAACACAGUAAACAGAAGACUCAUACUGUCUGACAACAACAGGACGGUGACAGGUUUGGACAAGGAUGUGAAGGAGGAUCAGUCAUAUCCUGAUCAUCCAGACAGAUUUGACCGCUGGGCUCAGCUGCUGUGUAGAGAUGGUCUGACUGGUCGCUGUUACUGGGAGGUCGAGACGAGAGGAGAGGUUGAUAUAUCAGUGAGUUACAGAGGAAUCAGAAGGAAAGGAGGCCGUGAUGACUCUUGGUUUGGAUAUAAUGAUAAGUCCUGGAGACUGGACUGCUCUGAUGAAGAUGGUUACUCUGUCAGGCACAAUAACAGAAGAACAGACCUCACGUCCUGCUCUGUCUCUAACAGAGUAGCAGUGUAUGUGGACGUUCCUGCUGGCUCUCUGUCCUUCUACACAGUCUCCUCUGACUCACUGAUCCACCUCCACACCUUCUACACCACAUUCACUCAGCCUCUCUAUCCUGGGUUUGGGUUCACAUCUUGUACCUCAGUGUCUCUGUGUCCUCUGCAGGACUGAGAGUCUCUCCUGGGGACAGAAACACUGACUGAAGACCAGCUGCUGAAAUCAAAGUUCAGUUUGUUCACCAUCACACACACUCUGCACUGUGAAGCAGAUCUGAGACUCAAACACAACAACAUUCAUCUGAUUUCAUCUCUGGUUAUCAACAUUUGAACUGUUUGACUAAAACACUUCAUAUGUCACAUCUCAAAAAUAAUCAACUGUUAUUGGUCACUGUUAUGUCCUUUAUAUUUUAAAUCAUAUUGUAUUAUAUUUAAAAUGUGGAAAACAAAUGUUUCUAUAAACAAUCAUCAUAUAGUCUAA